CUCGCGCCCUGCAAUGUGUUGCAGAAACUGCUCCGUCGCGAGGAAAGGUCGCGACAGAGAGCUUGUAAGAUCGCGUGACGUAUGAGCUCCAACACGCCGAGCGAAGAGCUGCGCGAUGCCAUCUGCGAUAUGCGCGGCGACGACCUCGAAGGGUUGCUCGACCAAGGCGCCGACGCCAACUACGUGGACGAGGAAAGUGGGUGGGCCCUUCUGCUGUGGGCCGUCAAGACCAACCAGCCGAGAGCCGUGGCCACCUUGUUGGCCCGUGGUGCCAAUGUCAACGCCGCCGAUCCCAGCGGCAACACGGCGCUGCACAAGGCUGCGUAUUUGGGCCACGCAGAGUGCGCGACGCUGCUCUUGGCGCACGGCGCUAGCGCUGACCUCCACAACAAGAUGCAGCAGACUGCACGGGACCUCGCACUCCUCUUUGAGAAGCCCGAGAUGGCCGUCCUCCUCACACAGUAAUGCUGGCACCACGCGUCUUUCUUAAUCGUGUAUGACGGUGUCGAACUUGCU